UUGCGGCUGACUUCGGGGCUCAACGGAUCAAAUGUGCUCAAAACCUGAUAGACCACCAGAAAUCCUCAGUCAACGCCGCUAGGAAAACGCGAAUCGAAAACGAGUGAACAAUUCGCCGGUUUCUUAAAAAAUAUGGCGGAUGCUGAGUUAGCUAAAGCUUUAAAGGAUCUACCGAACCGAAUACAAACCGCAAGCAAAAACGAGCGGCGCAAUAUACUACAAAAUGUCGUGGAUGUGUUGUCAAACCCAGGUAUCAAUGAGAAGAUCGUCGGAGGGAUUUGCAAAGUUAUAUCGAUCACGUUGCACCGAUAUAAGGAAUCCUCGUCACAAUUUUACGUGAAGAAUUUGAUAACAGCAUUGUUGAGGAAGCAACCAGAUGCAACAGUCAAAUUCAUGACCAGUGCAAUCGCUGAGCAUGCUAGUUGGCAUAAAAACUUAGUACCAACAUUUAAUACAUCUUUGACUGCUUAUUUGACCCUGAAAUGGUCAAGCCUAGUUUUUCUUGAAGGCAUUAAUAAGGGACCUGAGUCAUGUUACACAGAAUUGCCAAAACUGAUCGAGGCUCAAGCCAAUUUAGCAGCUGCAGCGAUAGCUAGUGGGGAUAAAAAAAUUUCCGAUAAAGUCUACAAGCUACUUACGCAGGGCUGGAAAACCAUUGAGGGUAUCGAUGAAAAAUAUGUUGAAACUCUACUUAAGUUAGAAGCCUCCAGCGGGCUUGUAGUCCUAGGCAGUUUGUUGAUCAGAUAUCUGGUGGAGUCAAAAAAAGAUGCACUGGCUGAUAAGUUGAAGACAAAUAUUUUAGAUGCUCUUAUCAAAGUUAGCGUGAGCUGUAAGAAGAAGCCGGACCUUUUUGUUGUUGACGCAGCAGUCCCGCUGUUAAACAGAGUAUCUCAUGACGAAUUUAAAACUCAGUUAUUGCCAGCACUGCAGAAGGCUAUGUUACGAAAUCCUGAGAUCAUCAUCGCGUCAGUGGGACACAUUCUGAGUGGAGUCAGCCUUGAUUUGAGUCAAUAUAGCCAAGAAAUCAGCAAAGGAUUGUUUGCCAAUUUACAUUCUAAGGAAGAUCUUGUGAGAGAAGAAUCUGUGGAUGCCUGCCGGCGAUUGGCUUUGCAAUGCUCAGAUGCAGCAGCCAUAGAAAGUCUGUUAUCUUCGCUAUUUGCUGUGUUUCACGGUUCGGAAGGAAAGCUCACAGUUGUCACACACAAAAUUUCCGUUCUCCAGGGAGCUGGAAAUCUCAGCUACAAUACAGUUUCUGGUAGCAGCGUUCAGAAACUUACGGAGACUGCCUGCAUCCAUUUCAUCAAGGUCUUGGAUACUGAAGUUCAUGAAAAAACCUUGAUUCAUGCGCUAGAGAUGAUGGUUCUAUGGUGUAACAAGUUUGCCAAUGAGGUACCUAAGACUGUAAUUGAAGCUUUCAAGAAGGGCAUGUCCGCUAAAGCGUCGACACCUGGAGUUCGUGCUGCAUAUAUAAAAUCCCUUUUCUUCACUCCAAUUGCAUCGCAGUCUCAAGUCAUUGCUCCGAUCCUUACCCAAGCCAUAUCAAGGGCCGCACAGCAGUCUACUAAUCCUGCAGCAAUAACCGAAGGCCUGGCUGCUGCAUAUUUGUUAUUGAAACUUAUACUAGCUGGACAAGUUGAAAACGAUAAGCAAGCUAUUUUGUGGAAUGCUGUUGAUGAUCAACUAUUUUUUACAGAAAAGUUUUUGGUCUCAUGUGGAGAUGAUGCGCUGUAUACCGUGAUGCUUCUCUGCGAACGUUUGUUACUUCCCUUUUCUAAUCGUUUGAACGAAAGAGCACUAAAUGGCAUAAAUAGGGCUAUUGUUGCUUGUGUAACAGCCCCAAGGUCGACCACUCGCAGACGGUGUGCUCCUCUACUUAAAAAAAUUUUGACUGGACUGAGCAGCUAUGAGCCUGCUGAAGCUCUACUUGCAGAGUUCAAUACAUGCUUGGAAGUUGCAAAAAUCAGAACUGAGACAGAAAAAGAUAAUAGAGAGGAUUCACCAAAUGGCGAAGUAACCGGACGUGCACUUGCUGAUGGAUUGCUGGCAAUUUGUUCUGGCUCUUUUCUCUUUGAGGUAGCAGGAGUGCAAAUGGUUAGAGAUGCUCUGAUCCCUGCGCAUCAUCCAGCAAUCUUGAAAGCUGUUCCUUACUUGUGGUUCAAAAUAGUGAAAAACUUCAAUUUAACUCCCAGAGAAUUUUUCCGCACAUUUGGUAAUGAAAUCAGGAAAACUUUCGUCCAAAACUAUAAAUCUGUUCCAAGCUACGAAAAUGCUCUAGCUAGGGUAGUUUCUCUCGCACCAGAUGUCAUACUUCCUGCAUUGAUAGUGAAUGUCACCAGCAAACUGGAAGACCCAGAAAUUCUGAAAAUAACUAAAGAUGAAUAUUUUACCUAUUUAACUCCUGAGGGGGAGUUAUACGAUAAAUCUGUUAUACCGGGAAACGAUGAGAAUGAUAUUCUCAAUGCGAUGAAUAUGAAACGUGAAAGCAAAGUAUAUUCAUUUAAAGAACAGCAAGAAGAGCUGCAACUUAGACGGGAACUUUAUGAAAAGCAUAAACGAGAAGGAAAGAUAAAAGAGCCCAAGCUCACAGUAAAACAAGAGGAAGCACUCAAAGCACAGACUGCUAAAGAAAAUGCAAUAAGGAUUAGACUGACUGGAUUAAACUCCAAAAUUACAGAAGCUGUAUCAAUGGUUAGCGCCGCAACACGUGGAAACGGCACAGAAUUGUCUCUAUACUUCAAAGACUUACUUCCUUCGAUUCUUCGAGAUCUGGGUUCUCCACUGGCAGCUCCAGCUUUAACGGAAUUAUUCGUUAGCCUCGGAAAAACCGUCAGAAUUGGAAACGAUGCCACAUUAGUUGACCUUAUAGCUCACGUUACCCUCCGUCAAUUGAAACCACAGUGCGAUUUAGAUGAGGCCUGGGAAGAUGAGGUUCUAGAUCAUGCGGUGAAAAGAACACUUUACCUCCUACAUCUUGUUACUGUAAAACAGAAGCAGUCUCCAACUGCAUCGGCAUUUUGCUAUUUUUUCCCAUUCAUUAACACAACAUUACUCUCAAACAAAGACGACUCCACCAUCAGCCAAGGAUUGCAAAUCGUGCAGGAUCAUGCCAAGCUCAGAGGCAGUGACGACAAUCCCAAAAAUCCCAAACAUCCAAGGCUUUUACCAAGGAGACAGAUGUUCAAUCUUUUAAUCGAACUGAUCAGCACAACCACUGGAAGAGUUCAGUCUCAGGCAGUUGCGACUCUUCUAGAUGUUGCCCAUUCUGGGAGUGCUGCCCCGGGAACUGCGACCGCAACUCUUGGAGAAAUCGAAUCGUUAACAGGAGCACUACAGAAUCCCUUAUCCGUUGUUAGAGAUGCCGCUUUGCGAGCUCUAACAGUUGUUCGUAGAGCGUUCCCUAGUGAGAAAGAGGAUUACACACAGGCGUUGAGACUAACGAGAAGAAUUUGGGUAGCCAGAUUUGAUGUUACAGAGGAGAACAGGGUACUUGCAGAAGAACUAUGGGACUCUGCUGGAUUGGUUACUGACUGUGAAGCGUUGAGCGAAGCUCUUAUGGAAGAUGUGACUCACCCAGUUGAAGCUGUUCAGCAAGCAGCAGCUGGAGCACUUGCCCAAUUGCUGACAACGCAACAAAGUUUGAUGCCACCAAUUCUACAACGUCUUUUGGAAUUGUACCAAGACAAACUCGCUAUGAUACCUCCAAAAUUAGAUGACUUUGGUCGAGUUGUCGAGCAACCUAUUGACAUGUGGGGACCUAGAAGAGGAGUUGCAUUAGCUUUGGCUCAACUUGCUCCACUUCUAACACCAGACACCGUGAGAUGUCUAGUCCAAUUCUUUGUAUCAACUGGCUUAGGUGACAGAAACCAUGCAGUUCGUACAGAAAUGUUAGCUGCUGCAGUAGCUGCUGUUGAUCUUCAUGGUAAAGCGAAUAUCACCUCUUUACUGCCAGUCUUUGAGGAGUUCAUGGACAAAGCACCCAAAAGUGGGAGUUUUGAUUCUAUUCGACAGUCAGUGGUCAUUUUGAUGGGACUUUUGGCUAGGCAUUUAGACAAAGAUGAUGCAAGAAUUAAGCCAAUUGUUUUGCGAUUGGUCUCAGCAUUAUCAACACCUUCUCAGCAAGUUCAAGAAGCAGUAGCAAAUUGUCUUCCACACUUGGUUCCCUCUAUCAAGGAAGAUGCACCUGGAAUAGUUCAGAAGCUCUUACACCAACUUUUGAAAUCAGAUAAAUAUGGAGACCGCAAAGGCGCUGCUUAUGGUCUAGCUGGUCUUGUUAAGGGUAUGGGAAUCCUUGCUCUUAAGCAACUCGAUAUCAUGACGACGCUGACCAAUGCCAUUCAGGACAAGAAAAAUUAUAGGCAUCGAGAAGGUGCACUCUUUGCUUUCGAGAUGCUCUGUACUAUGCUUGGGAGAUUGUUCGAGCCAUACAUUGUUCAUGUCCUUCCACAUCUGCUGCUGUGUUUUGGAGAUUCAAGCCAGUAUGUAAGAGCUGCUACAGACGAUACAGCCAGAGUUGUAAUGAGUAAACUCUCUGCUCAUGGUGUUAAACUUGUGCUACCCAGUUUGCUUGCUGCUCUUGAAGAAGAUUCCUGGAGGACCAAGACUGGUUCGGUGGAAUUACUUGGAGCUAUGGCAUAUUGUGCUCCGAAACAGUUGAGUAGCUGCCUUCCAAGUAUCGUCCCCAAACUUAUCGAAGUUUUAAGCGACUCGCACAUGAAAGUACAGGAGGCUGGAGCUGAAGCGCUCAAAGUGAUUGGAAGUGUAAUACGUAAUCCCGAGAUUCAGGCUAUAGUUCCAGUCCUCCUGGAAGCAUUGCAGGAUCCUUCACACAAAACGGCAACAUGCUUACAGACUCUGCUGGACACCCAGUUUGUUCAUUUCAUAGACGCUCCAUCUCUUGCUCUCAUAAUGCCGGUUGUUCAAAGGGCUUUCAUGGAUCGUUCAACAGAGACGAGAAAAAUGGCAGCACAAAUUAUCGGAAAUAUGUAUUCCUUAACAGAUCAAAAGGACCUGACACCUUACCUGCCGACUAUAAUACCUGGGCUCAAGACCAGUUUACUCGAUCCGGUUCCAGAAGUACGAAGCGUUUCAGCCAGAGCUCUUGGUGCAAUGGUGCGUGGAAUGGGAGAAUCCAGUUUUGAAGAUCUAUUGCCCUGGCUAAUGCAGACGCUCACCUCAGAAACCAGUAGUGUGGAUAGAUCAGGAGCAGCUCAAGGUCUCUCUGAAGUAGUGAGAGGCUUGGGAGUAGAGAAAUUACAUAAAUUGAUGCCUGAGAUAAUUUGUACUGCGGAAAGAACGGAUAUUGCUCCACACGUUAAGGACGGAUACAUAAUGAUGUUCAUUUACAUGCCCAGUGCGUUCACCACUGAAUUCACGCCCUAUAUUGGUCAAAUUAUUAAUCCAAUUCUCAAGGCCUUGGCCGAUGAGAACGAAUAUGUGAGGGAAACUGCGCUGAAGGCAGGACAGAGGAUUGUCACGCUUUACGCAGAUUCUGCCAUCAUGUUGCUCUUACCGGAAUUAGAGAGAGGCCUGUUUGACGAUAACUGGCGGAUUAGAUAUUCAUCUGUACAACUGCUCGGAGAUUUGCUCUACAGAAUUUCUGGUGUCUCUGGUAAAAUGUCUACGGAAACUGCAAGUGAAGAUGAUAAUUUUGGUACGGAACAGUCCCACUACGCGAUCAUCAAUGCCCUUGGUGCAGAAAGAAGAAAUAGAGUGUUGGCUGGACUUUAUAUGGGUCGUUCGGACGUUGCUCUUAUGGUGCGACAAGCAGCCCUUCAUGUCUGGAAGGUGGUUGUUACCAACACGCCGAGAACUCUGAGAGAAAUAUUGCCAACAUUGUUUAGUCUUCUGCUGGGAUGCCUGGCUAGCACAAGUUAUGAUAAGAGGCAAGUUGCAGCCAGAACUCUGGGGGAUCUAGUACGAAAGCUAGGUGAAAGAGUUCUUCCAGAAAUUAUACCCAUUUUGGAAAGAGGUCUGCAGAGUGAACAGGCUGACCAGCGACAGGGCGUUUGUAUCGGGCUAUCUGAGAUUAUGGCCAGUACUAGUAAAGACAUGGUUCUGACUUUUGUAAACAGUCUGGUUCCUACUGUGAGAAAAGCUCUUUGCGACCCACUUCCAGAGGUGAGGCAAGCAGCUGCAAAGACAUUUGACAGCCUUCAUUCCACAGUUGGUGUUCGUGCACUGGAUGACAUUCUUCCAGCUAUGUUGAACCAGUUGAAUUCUCCAGAUCAAUCAGAGGCUGAAAAUACCUUGGAUGGGCUUCGCCAAGUCAUGGCAAUUAAGUCUCGAGUUGUUCUUCCGUAUUUGGUCCCUCAGUUAACGGCUCCUCCUGUGAAUACAAAGGCACUUUCAAUUCUAGCUAGUGUAGCUGGAGAAGCAUUAACCAGAUUCUUGCACAAGAUUCUCCCAGCGCUCUUGACUGCAUUGUCUAGUGCUCAGGGUGCCCAAAAUGAGGCUCAAGAAUUGGAAUACUGUCAGGCAGUAGUCUUGUCUGUCACGGAUGAGGUUGGUGUAAGAACUGUUAUGGAUCAACUGAUGGAAGCUACCAGAGCCGAUGAUGCAUCUCGUCGGCGUAGUGCGGCAACCCUUCUUUGCGCAUUCUGUCGUGACUCUAGAGCCGAUUACAGCCAGUACGUGCCUCAACUAUUGCGUGGAUUGAUUCACUUAUUCACGGAUGACGACAAAGACGUUUUGCAAAUGAGCUGGGAAGCACUAACGGCCGUGACAAAGACCUUGGGAUCAGACCAGCAGAUUGCACACGUUCAAGACAUCCGUCAAGCCGUUCGUUUUGCUGUGUCAGAUUUGAAGGGGCAGGAUCUAUUGCCAGGAUUUUGUUUGCCGAAAGGAAUUACUCCGAUUCUCCCGAUUUUUAGGGAAGCCAUUCUGAACGGAAUGCCAGAGGCUAAGGAACAGGCUGCACAGGGGUUGGGUGAAGUUAUCAAACUGACCAGUCCAUCUGCACUGCAACCGAGUGUCGUCCAUAUCACCGGUCCACUCAUUCGUAUUUUGGGUGAUCGAUUCAAUUGGAGUGUGAAAGCAGCUGUUCUCGAAACCCUUGCAAUAUUGUUAGGAAAGGUUGGAGUGAUGUUGAAACAAUUCUUACCGCAACUACAAACGACUUUUCUGAAGGCUCUGAAUGACAGUAAUAGACAAGUCAGACUAAAAGCUGCAUACGCUUUGAGCAAUCUCAUUGUUAUUCACACUCGGGCUGACCCAUUAUUUGCCGAGUUACACACGGGGAUUAAGACUGCUGAUGAUCCCGCGAUCAGGGAAACUAUGCUCCAGGCGUUGCGUGGUGUUCUUACACCGGCUGGCGACAAAAUGACUGAGCCAAUGCGAAAACAGGUGUUCGCUACCUUGAGCAGUAUGUUGGGUCAUCCGGAAGAUGUAACAAGAAAUUCUGUAGCUGGCUGCUUUGGGGCUUUAUUACCCUGGCUUUCUCCAGAGCAACUCACAGUGGCAUACAACGAAAACUUAUUGUGCGAUGAUGUUAAUGCCGAUUGGAUGUUGAGGCACGGUCGAUCGGCAGCAUUGUUUGUCGCGUUGAAGGAAGCACCAGCGAGCCUUUACUCGGGAAAAGAGAAAGAACGCGUCUGCAAAGUAAUUUUACAUUACUUAGCUGCUGAUAGAGUUCAAAUUGCUAUGAACGGAGUACGUGCAUGUGGAUACCUCUUCCAGUAUCUUAUGAACGAGGAGCAGCCGAUACCGCCACAAAUUCUUCCGCCAUUUGUUAGAUCGAUGAACCACAACAGCAAUGAAGUCAAACAAUUACUUGCCCGAAUAUGUAUUCAUUUGGCUCGUAAUAUUCCAUCCAAAAAAAUGGCCCCUGAGCUUUUGAAGGCCCUAUUGCCGAUGUUAGUUAAUGGAACUAAAGAAAAGAACGGGUACGUCAAAGCCAACAGUGAACUCGCACUCAUCGCUGUACUCAGACUUAGACAAGGGGAUUCCGAACAACAGAGGUGCAUGAGCUUAUUGGAUGCUGGCGCCAGAGAAUCCCUAUCUGAUGUAGUGAGCAAAGUUCUUCGCAAAGUGCUUUCGCAGCCAGAGGGCAAGAUAGAAGAGCUGGAUGAUACGUUACUCACGUGAGAGACAUUGCAAUUCCCGGGGCUAAUUGUUCGUCAGUUCCAUUGUUCCUACUUCCAUUGUCAGAUCAUUCACUAUUACUCAGCUAGAUAUUUCUGUAGUAGAAGAACUCUACAUUCAAUUUUGAGCAACGGUGUUUCAAUAAUACUGUAUCGAUGGUGUCUAAUAUAUAUUAUUGUGCGAUGUAGCAAAAUUUGUAUCGCGGUCAAAUUACUAACUGCAAAAGCAAAAUGUCCCAAUUCCAGUAAUGUCCGUGAAUUAAGUAGUAAAACUUUUUCAAAACACCUCUCAUCACUAGAUGGAAAUAUCACCGCAACAAACUAUCGUAGAUUAGAAUUUUAUGAAAAUAACAAAGAUUUUAACCUAAUGUUCCAAGAUCUUUACACAAAAAUUAAUAAUUAUAAUAUUCGGGCGAUUGAUUUUUUCAAAAAUUCAAAAAUCACUAAGAAACAAAUCUCUGAUUCUUCAAAAAAAAGUCCGAAUCACGAACAGAAGAUCGUAGCAAAUCAACACGGUUUUAACUUUAAGAUGAUUCCGUAUCUCGGAAUCGGUUUUACGCUGAAUGGAAUUGAUCAAUCUAUCGGAGAUUGCACGAGCAAUUAUGAGGCUGUCAAAAUUUUUGAUGAAACUAAAUAUAUUUAUUACAAAUUUUCUACAAAGUUCCUAGGUUGUUUUGUAGAAUGCAGUUAUUACGGUGGUAUUAUCUUCUGCGAUGUUUGCGGAGGUCGUUCAAAGUCAGUAACAGACAGAACGGGGGUGUUGUUCUCUAGUUGCAAAUGUCGGUAUAUAGUUUAUAUUUCCAAAUCAAGUAUAGAAGUUGUUUUAUUGAUAUUCGUACCUGUUUCGUAACAACGCAGCACUUCUGGGCGAGUCACCGUCAAAAAAAUCCAGCUCAUUUAUUACACAUGUCUCGAUUCCGUCUAGGAUUUUUUUCAAAUACCCCGUUAUUACCCUAGAUUCUCGAGAUUUUGUAAAUUAGUUUCGACAGAACCUGCCAAUUCGACAGACUAGCUAUAAAAAACGGUGAAACAUCAAUUCGUUUUCUCACAUUUUAAUCAUUCAUUUUGACAAGGAAUUAAUAACGUCUGAGAAUGUGACCACCCUGGAAGUGCGCUUCGGUGUCUUACAAUUAGUAACAAAUACCCUAAUUCCCUGUGACCCCGUUCCAUUUUUCCUGAACCUGACCAGCCCCGGGAUUGCCAAGAGCAUGUAGCGAGUCGCAUACACAAGAUUGAUUGAAGUUUUAUUUAAACUUUAUUUCACUGUGAAUAUCUACAGCGUAUUAUUCAAUUUCGAAUGCGUCGUUUAUUCAGAAGGGUCGAGAUCCCGCCAGAUUAUUCAAUACUUUCAUUCGCAUUGUGGCGAUAUAUUUUAUGAAAUCGUACUAAACUUGUAUAAUUUUCUACUUCAGAAUUAUUUUUUUCUCGAGCACAGUCGAAGGUGUUGAUCAUUUUCAAUAAGUUUUUUGGUUUUAAAUAAAUUCACAAUAUGCGAUAAUCAUCGCUAGGAAAAUGAACGACGUUACAUGAUACAUGAUUUAUUUUAUAUAAACAAUUGAAAGUUAUGUAAUUAUUACUCAAUCAUUAAAUAACUAGCUAAUCGCUCGAAUACUCUGAACUCGAAUGAGACGAUCGUCAAUUUCCAGAGUCAUUUCGCAUUCUUCGUCGUUCAGAGUCGAAAAUUUUUCGUUAUCAAGUUCAUUGAUUCAAUAAGUUUCAUUAGGGUGGUCCGAGUUUUCAUAUUUUUUCGACUCAAAUGCUUCCGAAUUUGCGACAUAAGCUCAUAAUGAGGUCGGAGUUUCCGCGCAUUUCUUUAACAAGUAACUCUUUACAUUAAGAAUUAUAGGUCAAAGUUUUACGUUCGUAAUUAUAUUACCUUUCCUAAUUAAUAAUUAUUAUUUAUAUCAUAUCUUCCUGUAACAAGUUCUUUGUUAAGUAUGAAUGAAGGUAUGUGAUUAUUACAUAAAGAAUGAUGCUCUUAAUAUGA